AUGAUAACAGAUGUAAAAAAUUCAAAUGUUAGUCGACAAGAAUUUAUUGAUUUACUUUGUCGAAUAACAAAAACAGAUGAAGACAUGACAACGAAUACUAAGGAUGAUAAUAAUAAUAAUAAUAAUAAUAAUCAAAAUGAACCAGAUGUAACAAUUAUUGAUAAUACAUCAAUAGUUGAAGAAGGUGAAAUAAUUACGCUUGAUAAUGAUGAUGUUAUUAUUAAUAAAAAAGAAAUUGAAGAUGGUGAAAUAACAGAAUCACAAGGAUCAGAUAAUGAUGAUGAUGAUGUUGAAGAACUUAAUCUACGUUUAAAUGCUUUACGAUCAUUGGCUGGAGCAAAAAAACAAAAAACUAAAAAAUUUAAAUCAAAACGUAAACGUCCUAAUGACAAUAAUCGUUAUAUAAAAGAUGAUAUUGAUCUUCGUUCACCUAAUAAAAAUCGUUCAUCAUCACGAUAUAAUACAAAUCAAAUAUCAAAUAAUAAUGAUGAUCGAGAAUAUUUACUUGAUAAAGAUUAUCGACAACAAAGUGUUUUCGAUAUGCUUCUUUCUCUUAUCUCGCCUGAUAAUAAUAACAAUAAUUCCACUGCUACAAAUAUCACUAAUAAAAAACUUCUUGAUAAUUAUGAUAUUCAACAAAUGGACAUUGUUGAUGAUCAUCCGAUUACAGUAGUGCCACCACCUCCACUACCUCCAAUCCCACCACCACCACCACCAUUACCACCAAAUCAUUUACCAUUUUUUGAUCCAUUACCACCACUUCCACCUCCGCCACCAUCAUUAUUUGAUAUAUUUACGGCUAAUCAAACAUUUUCAUCAACAAAUUGGCCACGACCAAAUUUUGUUCAACAAAAUUCAAUACCAACAAUUCAAAAUGAUUUAUGGCAAACAUCAUUUAAUCAUACAACAGAUAUUGAUCUUCGUGUUCAACCAAUAAAUCAUAAUCAUAAUCAUAAUCAUAAUCAUAAUCAUCAUCAUCAUUCAAUAAAUCAAAUCAAUGAACAAUUAUUACAUAAAAAAUCACAACAAAAACGAAAACGUACAAAAAAAACUUCAAAAAAACAUCAUCAUGAACGUGAAUCUCCAUCGCCUAUUAUUAUUAUAAAUACAACAAAUCAAUAUGAAAAAAUACAAGAAAAAUUACCAAUACUAAUUGAAAAUAAUAAUAAGAACAAUGAUGAUGAUGAUGAAGAAGAACGUUUAUUACGUGAAGAACUUUUACGUAAAUUAUCAAAUAAACGUCAAGUUAAAAUAAUUGAAAAAACAAAUUUAGAACCAGAACGUAUUGUUACAAUAGUACCAUCAACAAUUAUACAAACAAAUACAAAUCCAACAAUACCUAUUGUCGUAAAUAAACCAAUUGAAAAAACACAAUAUAGUAUUAAUCAACGAUAUAAACGUGUUAAAGCUAAUGUAUCAUCAACAAAUUUAACAAAUAAAAUUGAAACAACAACAACAACAACAACUGCUGUUCGUACUACACAACCAAUUAUUCAAACACGAAAUAAAAUUGUUCGUGUACCUGAAACUGAUAUUGAAAUUCCACAAUCAAAUCCAAUUAUAAUUACAUUUGAUGAUCAAACAACAGAUGAUGAUGAACAACAACAACAACAACAACAACAACAAACAGUUAAAAAAUCAAAUGAAUCAACAUAUGUAAUUGCUGAUGAAGAACGUCAAGCUAUUAAACGUUUACAACAACUUCAAGAAGAUGUUAUUCGACGAACUAAUACUAUUGAAUCAACAACUAAAACUAUAGUACAAAAAAAUCAAACAUCAACACCGAAUGAUAUCAGUCAAGAAGCAAUACCAUCAACAGAUGAAUUAAGUGCUUUAUUAGAUAAACGUCGAAUGUUACUUAGUGACCGAUCUAAAUAUGGUGAAAUUCAAGAAAAAAUGAAAAAGAAAAAAUUAGAAAAUGGACUUUUAGCACGUGAUAUUGAAAGACUUGAAGAACAAUUAUUAACAAAAAAAACUCAAAUUACAAAUAAUAAUGCACUUUUACAAUAUUGGCAAAAAGAAGCAAUGUCAAUUGCACAAAAUAUAAGACAACAAGAAGAUUUAAUUCUUCAAUCGGCUGUUUUUAAAUCUGUUAAACCAAUUUCAUCAUCGGUUUCUAAAUCACGUACAACAAUUGAAUUUGAUUAUGAUAAUAUUUCGAAAGUAUUCGAAGAAAAUAGUACACAAAUACUUUUAUCAAUACUCAUUUGUCCAUUAAAUUUUUAUCGAAAAUUACGUCCUUAUCAUAUUUGGUUAAAUACUAUAUCAAAAAAAAUUCAAGAGUUAUCAAAUGAAGAUAAUUCAUCUUUAUUAUUACGAACACGUUCAUUUUCUACGCAAAAUACUGAACAGUACUGGAAAACAUGUUUACAAUCAUAUUUUAUUGAUAUUAAUCAUAUUCUUUGUCCAUAUGAACUUCAAGGUUCAUGUAAAGCUCAAAAUUGUAUUUAUCAACAUCAACAUCAAAUUUCCAAUCGUAUUGAACAAUUUCUUUCAUCAAAAAAAUUUAAUGAAAAAAAUAAACAAAAAAUUUUAAAUCAAAUUGAUAGUAUAUGUUCAUUACAAUCAUUUGAUGUGGAUUUAUCUAUAUUUGAAAAAAGAAUUAAUGAGAAACAGUAUCAACGAUGUCGAAUGAAACUUGAUCGAUAUCUUUCAAUUUAUCAUGAAGAUUUUCGAUAUUUUCGAGAUAAAUCAACUAAUGAUAGUCUUUCUAUUAUUCAUCCAAUACUUGUUAGUGUAUCAAAUGAACUUGAUUCAGAUGAUUUUUCACCUGAACAAGCUGUUGCUGAUUUAGUCGAAGGUCUUGAAUCCCAACGGACUAAUGCACAAUUAUGGUGUCUUUAUCUUGAAUUUUCAAGUUGGCAUAUGUCUCAUGAUGAAUUACAUCAUUUAUGUUCUGCUGCAAUUAAAAAUGCUCAAAGUUAUGAUUUAUUUUGGACGAUUUUUUAUUUAUGUACAAAUAAUAUAGAAGAAUUAUUAUCAAUUUAUUUAACAUAUAUACAAUCAGAUGAAUUUGAUUUUCAUAAUCGUUCAUAUGCAAUAUGUGAAUUAGCUAUGUUUCAUGCUAAUGUUUCAUUAAAUAGUGAUCAAGCAUAUGAAAAAAUUCAAAAUUAUCUAUCAAAUUCUUUUCUUGAAAAUGAACAUCGAAUAUAUCUUAUCCUAGUUUUAUUAUACAUAUUUGUAUUUGGUUCAUUUCCUCGAAUUCUCUAUCAACAAAUGGAUGAAAAUCGAUUUGAUAAACAAAUAUAUUUUGAACCAUUUAUUUGUCCUUGGUAUGCACUAUCCAAUUAUUCACAUUCACAAGAUGAAAUAGAUAAAUUUUUUGAUAAUUUUAUCAAUCCAAUGGACCUGUCAGAAACUAAUUUUGCUUUGUAUAUUAAUAGAAUUCAUUAUUUAAAUGCCACUAAAAGAUUUGAUCAAUCAAAACUUUAUAUUGAAACAUUACUUGAAGAAUUUCCAUGUUCAAUUGAACUUUGGAUUGAACUAUUAUUAAAUCCAGAAAUAUCAAAUAAUCCUACUGAAAUUCUUGAACGUGCUAGAAAAACAACAGGAAUUUAUUUUGAAUUUCUUUAUUCAUUGUCUUCUGUAAUAAAUAUUCAAUCAAUGUUAAACAAUGAAUUGAUUCAAACGAAAACAUAUCGUGAAAAAUUCUUUUAUGAUCUUUGUCAUUUGUCGUUGGAUUCAAAUAUUCAAUUAAAACAAAAGAAAAUUGAACAAAAUCUUAUACGAUACAAUGGAGAAUUACGUGAUAUAACAAUACUUGAUAUACUUAAUCAUAUUUCGGAUUUUUCUAUUGAUAUACAACGAAAAAUGAUAUUAAAAAUUUUAAAUUAUUUAAUUACAAAUGAUAAUGAUGAUGAUGAUGAUGAUCAACAAAGGAUAUUAAUACUCUAUUCAUUCUUUCGAAUAAGUCAAAUUGGUCGUGUUUUUGAUAUUAUUAUUGAUUGUUUACAUUUAAUACAUAAUGAUCAAUAUGAAUGGAUUAUUAAACCAUUUACAUAUCGUUUAUUAGAUAUUUCAAUAAAAAAAGAUCGAAAUACAUUAAUAUGGAUUCGAUUUGAUGCAUUUGCUAAACAAUUAAUAUAUAAUACACAUUGUCAAGAGAUCUAUGUCACCAUUCUACAACGAGUAAUUACAUCGAUGGAAGAUAAAAAUAAAAUUGCUCGUUUAUGUCGUCUAUUCGAAAAACAAUUUUCCAAUUGUGGUAUUAUAUCUCAACAACUUCGACAAAUUAUCUUCAAUUCGACAAUUAAUGAUACGGGCGCUACGAUUACUUCAUAA